GUUGCGUGAAUACCACGUAUAUUACGGUAACAGCUCGCUCCGCAUUACAGCGGAAGGCGCUUUGAGUGGCUUUGUGGGAUCAGUUCGUAGACCGGGUGGAACAUGGAGUGUAUUCCUGUACCCAUUGAUGACCUUGAAAGCAAAAAGGACCCAAUAACUGAAGAACGAGAGCAAAAUGUUUACACCAGGUUUAUGAAGUCCCACCGUUGUUAUGACCUCGUGCCCACUAGCUCCAAACUAGUGGUGUUUGAUACGUCACUCCAGGUGAAGAAGGCGUUCUUUGCUCUUGUUUCCAACGGAGUGAGGGCAGCCCCUCUUUGGGACAGCAAGAAGCAGUGCUUUGUGGGUAUGCUAACCAUCACAGACUUUAUUAACAUUCUUCAUCGCUAUUACAAGUCUCCAUUGGUUCAGAUAUAUGAGUUGGAAGAGCACAAAAUUGAAACAUGGAGGGAGGUUUACCUUCAAGACUCUUUCAAGCCUUUGGUCUGCAUAUCUCCCAAUGCAAGUUUGUAUGAUGCAGUAUCAUCUCUGCUGAGGAACAAGAUCCACAGACUGCCUGUAAUCGACCCCCUGACAGGAAACACACUAUAUAUCCUCACACACAAGAGGAUUCUUAAGUUCCUGAAGCUUUUUAUAUCUGAGAUGCCAAGACCCUCAUUUUUGAGUAAAACCUUAGAGGAACUGAACAUCGGGACGUUCAGAAACAUAGCGGUGGUCCGCGCAGACACACCUCUCUACACGGCGCUGGGUAUUUUUGUGGAGCAGCGAGUCUCUGCGCUCCCUGUUGUUGAUGAUAAAGGACGAGUGGUGGACAUAUACUCGAAAUUUGAUGUUAUAAACCUGGCUGCAGAGAAGACGUACAACAACCUGGAUGUGACUGUGACCAAAGCCUUGAAGCACCGCUCACAGUGCUUUGAGGGAGUCCUGACCUGCAACAGGCAUGAGACCUUGGAGGCCAUCAUCAACAGACUGGUGGAGGCUGAGGUUCACAGACUAGUGGUGGUAGAUGAGCAUGAGGUAGUUAAGGGGAUAGUCUCCCUGUCGGAUAUCCUCCAGGCGCUGGUGCUGCCUGAUGGAGAAGAGGCACAAACUUUAGGGAGUAGUUAGGAACAUUUUGCUGCUUUACGAAAAGACCAGACGGAAAGUACAAGCAUGUGGGAAGAGAAAGCAUGUUGCCUUCUGCUGUAACACCCACAUAGAAAGUCUUCACCAUCUCUGGAAAAAUGUGAAGUUGUCAGGUUUUCUCUAUCCAGCAAUUAUAUAAUUGUAGAAGGUCAGGAUUUAUAGAGCCUGAGCCAAAUUCAAAGUCACUAUUAGGUGUGGGGAGAUUUAAAAUCCGAAGAAACCGGAGAAAUCCAGCACAUUUAUCUUCUUUGCCCCUUUAUUUUAUGAAGUAAGAUUUAAUUUUUUAAAAACAUUCCCCUAUUUAACCAGCAUUUCAAUUUAUUUUAAGGCUGAAAUGAACAAAGGCACUAGACUCUUCUAAGAGUUAAAUCGGAUGCUGCAACUCGAGCUGAUAAUCAGACAUUUUCUUAAAAGCUUUCAAGAUAGCUAUCCAUUUAUUCUCUUAUCGUUCCUUUAAUUUUCGUUGUUUGUUUAAAUUCAUGUUUAGUUUUGAUGGACGUCAUUGUAAACAGUAUAUCUGUGUGUCAUCAGUUAGUGACUUUAACAUUGAGUGAUUAUUUCCAUUCAUUUGCUCAUGUCCUAAAAAAGGCAACUUUCAGCUACAUCAGAAAGUCUAAAUAUUGUUCCCUCAUUAAAUACAUAAAAAAAGAUGUUGACUUUUUCUUUAAGUCUGUGUUUUUGAAGGCUGCAGAAUGUUAGCACAAGCAGUUUGGGAUUACAAUCUCUCAGCGCAAAAAAGUUUCCAACAAAACCGAUUAAGCCUCAUUUAUUCAGCUUCUUUUAUUGGUGUUUGUUUUUAUCCACAUGUCCCAAAAACGCUACAUACUUGUGUAUUUUUCUUUUUUUUUUUGUCAUGUGUUAGUACAUAUGUAAUGGAUCAUUUGUUUGCAAAUGGCACCUACAUUGGUUGAUGAUAUUGUAAAACUAAUUUGGUCGCUACAUCACAAAUUUAAAAUACUGUAGGCGUUCCUGCCUUCCUCUAUUUAAGGGUCAAUUCAGUUUAUUUGGUAGUUGGAGCAAUCAAAAUGUAACAGAUUUCUUCUUCUUUUUUAUUAUUUUAAUCCAUUGUGUUAAGAGAAAAUAAUCACUAAGAAUCACUAUUAAAAAACAACAUUUUCAUUCCAUUUUCUUAGAUGGAAAUCUGAGGAACAUUUAAUGUCCUGAUGAAGUGUGUAAACCUGCAUGGAAAUGCAUUGUUUUUUGUACUAAUCUGAUAUCCUUAAUUUAAAAGAUGUCAAAUAAACUUAUAAGUUUGUGUUU